UCGCAAAGGACAGACCGUAUUCAAACUACAGACAGAGCUCACUCACUUGUCUCGGUCGAAGGCGGCGUUGCACCACAGUUUUAUAUUUAUCUACCGCUCCUACAAUGACGAAAACAAAUCAGCCAGCCAUGCCGAAUCUUGAAGUGGUCUCAAGGGUUGCAUCCAUACCGAUCGUCGUGUCCGGUAUUGGAGUGACAGAAAAAUUGUACUUCAAAAUAAGGGAGUCCAACCCUCUGUUUCGUUGGUCUAUGUCCCUGGGUGAGAAGUCCCUAGCGACCGGCAUACAGCUAGCACUCCCGGCGGUUCAACUCCUGGAAACUCCGAUUGUACAACUGGACAAGUUUCUCUGCAAGUCGCUGGAUGUGGUCGAGAAGAGUAUGCCUUCAAUUUAUAUGCCUCCAGAGGAGAUGUACUCAGAGACGCGUCAAUACGUGCUCCGACGUGCGGAUUCCGUGACGCGGCUAGGCACAGCUGUCUUGGAUUCGCGGAUGACGGCGGCCACCGCGACCGCUCUCGACCGUGCGCUCACCACCGCCGACAAAUACGUCGACAAGUACCUCCCGCCAGACAACCAAGACGCAGCCGACGUGACCAGCGCUGAUGCGGUGGACGGGCCUGAAGGGGAGACGGGCAGGGCCCGGGCAGCCCAGGCGGUGCAGCAUGGAGCCAGGUUCAAGAGGAAGCUGCAGAGGAGACUCACCAGGCAAGCUCUGGCCGAAGCCAAGGCUAUCAAAGAACAAAUCCACGUUUUGGUGUAUGUCGCGGAAUUGGUUGCAAAAGAUCCUGUGUUAGCCUGGAAAAAAGCUAAGGAACUUUACGCGUCUCUCAGUCAACCAGAGCCCGAGAAUCAAGCGAGGCCUGUAACUCUUGAAGAGCUGAUGGUACUCCUCACCAGGGAAACAGCAAGAAAGGUCGUGCAUCUCGUCAACUAUACACACACAGACCUUCCAAGAAACAUCCGUCAAGGCAUGUCGAUUGUUACGAAGCAUUUGUCGUAUACAGCAGAGGCAUUACUCAAGUCUGUACCCGUGGAGACGGCAAUCACUGAAAUAAAGGGAUGGAGAAGCAAACUUGAGGUCCUGCUGCAGCAGUUGCAGGCCACAUCCAAAACUUACUUGGAGCAUUUAGCCAUAUUCUUGGCCGGUAACGAGGAGCGGGAGAAGAUUGCGCCACGGUCGGCUUACGAGCAAAGAGACGACGUGUCUUCCAUUAACGGUGUCAAUUAAUUUUAGAGUGUUCGCAUUUGUAAAAGCUUGAAGUAAAACAUUGGAACUAAGUAGGUAUAUACGUCAUAAUGAUGAUUAUUAAUCUCAGGCUAUUAUGAUUAAUAUAUUCACGCUGGAGAACGGAAUGAAACUUUAAAUUACAACACAGCUCAAAUUUCUUACGUACGAGAUACAUAUGUUUGAUUAAAACGAAAAUUUUUUUUACAUUAAAGCUUAAAGUAAUCGUAAAAAUAUAUUCCCGAUAACCUUAGUGGCACUGUAGUCCCGAUCCCUCGAUUGCAAGAUAAACCAACAUAAAAAAAAAAAUGAAAAUAUUUUUCAAUGUUCUACUUCGAAUUUCUAAAUUGGUUAAUUUAGAAUGUAGGCAAUGUAUUAGAAUUAAUCUUAAGUUUUGAAGAAAGCAAAUGUCUAAAUUUGUUUGAUUAAUGUGAAAUUUUAUUUUAUUUGUAAUUUAGGUACGAGUACAUCACAAAUUUAGUUCGUUUUUCUACAAAGAUCCAAGUAGUCGACCACUAUUUAUUUCUUCACUAUAAUAUGGUGCACAUAAUCUUUGUUGCACGAUAUAAAAAAAUAUAUUUCCAUAGCUAAAAUUACUUUUCGCGUUUCUUUCAGGCGUUUCUUUUUCUUUCAUUCAUGAUAAAAUAUAAAUAUACUGAAAGAUUUAUUGAUUUAAGUAUUCGCUAUCACUGUCUUGCCUAUUUUACUGUCAAUCAGUCUUUUGUGGACUUUCCUUGAAAGUUAUACCGUCGAUAAACCGGUGCAAUUAAGGUGCCAAUUUAAAUAUCAAGUGUAUUUGCCUAUCAUUUCAGCUAAGUUUACGGUGAAUAUACAUAAAAGGAUUGUGUUACAAAAGUUUAGAAAUUCGUAGGAAAAAAAAGAGAGGUUAGGCUACCAAUCUGUUUGUUUGUUACCAAACAAAUUGUGCGAUGAUAGUCUACAUCGGCAUCCAUGUUGCAAAUCAAAUGUUAUUGUUUAUUUACAUAGAUUAUACACUAACACACGUAUAAUCUAUGAUUUGUAUACCGGCGAUUUGUAACAUUUGGAGAUUUGAAUCGUAUAUCAUUCCUGACUUCAUUACCUGAUUUAACGGAUCGCUAAUACGUCUACCGUAUAAUAUAGACAAAUAUUUCUUUAGCGAUACAUGCAGUUUUUAUCUAAUUUAAACUGGCAGAGGUUUACCUCCCAAGCGGAAAGCAUGAUUGAUUCUCAGCAGAAAUCAGCAGAACAGUGGUGUCAUUGAUACUUAAUAGCGCGGGCUCACAAUAUGCUCCAUCACCAAUAAAAACACGAAUACCGAAAUAAUACAAUA